AUGGUCACCAAUAAGUCGCCGCCUGGUGUUGACCCGUUACAUUCGCUUCCCCCCACCGCGGCCGCCCCCCAAGCGCUUGCGACCUCUCCUCCGUCCAAACGGGACCUGACAUCGUGGUGGAGGCAGUUUAAACGCAAUACUCGGAAGGAAGAGCCGAAAGAAAAACCACAAGGCAUCUUUGGCGUCCCGUUGAACGUCAGCAUCAAAUAUGCCAAUGUCGCCAUCUCCCUGACCAACGAUAACGGCGAAAGCUUUAUCUACGGUUACGUGCCGAUCGUCAUCGCGAAGUGUGGGGUUUUCCUCAAGGAAAAAGCAACGGACGUCGAGGGCAUAUUCCGGCUGAAUGGAUCGGCCAAGCGCAUCAAAGACCUCCAGGAGAUCUUUGAUUCUCCCGAACGGUACGGGAAAGGGCUAGAUUGGACUGGAUACACGGUACACGAUGCGGCGAAUGUCUUGCGACGAUACCUCAACCAGCUGCCCGAGCCGAUUGUCCCGCUCGGCUUCUACGAGCGCUUUCGCCAGCCGCUCCGUGCGUAUCAGCAGCACAUCCAGGAAAACGGACCCGCGACCGAGUCAGAUAACGUCGAUCAUGCCAAGGCGGUCGCCGCCUACCAAGAGUUGAUCCGCGAGCUGCCCCCGCUGAACAAGCAACUUCUGCUCUACAUCCUCGACCUUCUCGCCGUCUUUGCCUCUAAGUCGGAACAGAAUCGCAUGACGUCCGGAAAUCUGUCCGCCAUCUUCCAACCGGGCCUCCUGUCGCACCCCCAGCACGAUAUGUCCCCGGACGAGUACAAGCUCAGCCAGGACGUGUUGAUCUUCCUCAUCGAGAAUCAGGACCACUUCCUCUUUGGCAUGAAUGGCACGGCCGCCGACGAGCAGACGAUGAAGGAGGUCGAAGGCGGUCUCGUCCGCGGUCCGACCACCCACUCGGGCGUGCGACGGUCCGUCUCCAACGCCAGCGGCGGCAGCUUCCGAAAGUACGAAAGCCUGCGCCGCAACGUGUCGGUGUCGUCCAAGACCUCGCGCACCUCCAACCAGAGCCCGAGCCCGGCCACUCCCACAUCCCUGGGCCCCGCCGCGGUGCACCGCAGCAACACGUUGCCCUCCAAGAUGGCGCCGGCCAUUCCGCCGUCACGGAUCGGCCGUGUCGUCGAGAACACGGGCACCGACUCCCCCGAGCCCACGUCGGCACAACACUCGCGAUCGCCCAGUCAAACCCCACCCGCAACCGUGCAAGAAAGCCCGGAGCCGCCCAAACCGCAGGACGUGACCGAAUCAGGCACGGGGCUCGUGUACCUCCACUCCGCUACCCACGGUCCUACGCGCAAGGCGCCGGACCCGACGCCGGAGAAACCCCACGAACGUCCGGGGAAUCUGCAGGAGAACAUCCAGGAGAGCAGUGAUGAGAAACCGCCGGACAUGCUGUCCCCCCCCACGUCGCCCCCGGCCGCCGCCACGCCCACUCGAGAACGCAAGCUCUCCGCCCUCUUCUCCAAGUCACCCCCGAGUGACCGGGAACCGCGGCAGCCGAAUCGGUUGAAGAAGCGGCGGAUUCCCGGGAGCGCCAGCGAAAGCGCCCAGAGCUCGUCGCAGUCCCUGCAGGCAGCCACGUCCGAUGUUGCUCUGGCGUCUCAAACCUCCCGCGUGUCUGACCCUCCGGACGCCGGGGGGACCACUCCGAGACAGCCCACCACGAUCGACGAACGGGGUGAGGACAAGUCCGAGAAGCCGUCGCAGAGCGAAGGCCAGCCCACGACGGACACGUCGCUGCGGCCGUACGGGUCUCGGACGCCGUCGAUGAACUCGCGCACCUCCUUCACCGACUAUUCGGAUAUGGACCCUACGGAUGACGCGUCGCGGGAUCGCAAGGAGGCUCGACCGAGCUGGCGCUUCCCGCGGUCGGCGAAGCGCAGCAGCGAGCAGGUGGGGCUAGGGCUCGGGUCUCCGCCGCUGAUCGCGUCGAACCCGGGGGCCGAGCACAGUACGAGCUCGUUCGGCAGCUGGCACCACUCGAGCCGCAGCUCCCCGACAGACAUGCAACAGUUUGCCAACGACCCGUCGUAUCAGCCGCUGAGCCUGGAUGCCGAGGUGCACAGCAGCAGCAAGGAGGCGCCCGAGCCCGAACGACGGAGCCUGUUCGGCAAAUUCAAAGCUAAGGUGGCGCAGGUGCGAGACGGCGGCAAGGAUUCGGACCGCGAUCGCACGCGCAGCCCACAAUCAGAUCUCGACAAGAGCCAGACCCUGUCACCCGUAGGGAAGGACCGGAUUCGACCGGCCCCGAUCGACAUGAACAACCCGUCUGAGGGCGUGAGCCCGGUUUCAUCCUCCGGUAUGCCUCCCGCCAUCCCAGAGGAGCCACGGACGCCGGAGAAGCCCACCGCCACGUCCGAUGCCCCCGGUCCGGCGGUGCGGGAGACGACGCCCCCAGUUGAAACCGCGCCAGCCGCACCGACUCCUCCACAGGGCCCCGUGCCGGCCGCUGCCACCACAGAACCGGUAGAGGUCCCGCCCACCGAGGGGGUCCGUCCGGCGUCCCCAACCUCAAAGCCCACCGGGACACCCAGCGUUCCGCUGCCGACGGCGGAAUCGCACAAGGACAAGAGCGACGACACGACGUAUGAGUUUUUGGGAAAUUAG